CGCGGCGGGGAAGGUGGCACAAAGUCCGUCGGGAACGCGGAGGGGACGAGCCAUCCGCGGUGACAGGCGGAUCCAACCUCCCCAUGGCGUUUGCACCUCCCAAAAACGCGGAUGGCUCCCGGCUCCAGCUCAAGCUGAGCACGUGGACUCCCCUGAACCACCAGCUCAUGAACGACAAGAUAUUUGAAGAAAGAAGAGCCCUGCUGGGAAAAUGGUUUGACAAGUGGACAGAUGGCCAGAGGAGGAGGAUCCUGGUGGACCUGCUGGAACGCUGCUCCCUGUCCCAGCAGAAGUUCUGCGCCAAGCAGCUCCAGGCUCGAGUCCCCACCGAGGCCGCCGAUUUUACCACGAGGCUCCCUCGAGUCCUGACCUUGUACAUCUUCUCCUUCCUGGACCCGCGGAGCCUCUGCCGAUGCGCACAGGUGAGCUGGCACUGGAAGUACCUGUCGGAGCUGGAUCAGCUGUGGAUGCUGAAGUGCCUGCGUUUCGGGUGGUUCAUCAACUUCUGCCCCACGCCCUUCGAGCAGGGCGUGUGGAAAAAACACUACAUCGAGAUGGUGAGGGAGCUGCGCAUCACCAGGCCCAAGACUCCUGCCAAGGACGAGUUCAUCGUUAUCGAUGUGCAACCAGUAAAAAGCGACGUCCCGGAGAGGAAACUUUCCGAGGCGGGACAGGGGACAACCAGGAGGAAAAAAGAGCUCCCUCCUUGGCGUUCAUCCGACAGAAACCCCACGGACACCAUCCGCUACAACUACCUGGACAACUUCGACCCCAUCGAGCAGGCCAGGCAGGCCAGGAGGAAGGGAGGAGCGCACACCCCGGACCUGAGCAGGCAGGCGGCCGAGAGGAAGAAGAGAGGGGCUCGUCGUGGAUCCGCUCCGCUCCGGAAGUUAUCCCUUCCUGCAGAUCCCGAGCCCGUCCCAAAGCCCCGGCUCCGUCCCAGCUGGGCCGCGCCUCAGCACGCCGGGAUCCUGUCUCCCAAGGCAGCCGCCCAGGCGCUGGCCCGGAGCUCCCGCUGGAACGCCGGGAUCCGCCCGGGACCCGUCCGAGCUCCGAAGCCGCGGCUGGGAGGACCCGGAGCUGUCACCAGGGCGGACGCCAGGUCCCCGUCACCUCCUCUCUUUGAGGCUCAGCCCUGGCACAUUCCUUCAUCCAACCACGGAUCAGACACGGAAUAAGGGAGGAUCCAGAGUAUCCUUCAUCCCAGCAGAACAGAAAUUUAUCCUCCUGGCACUGGGGAAACAACAGGAAAUUCCUGCUGGGUUUGGGAUCCGAACCUGUUUUCCUGUAGCCGGUGCUACAUUCCCUUUUCCUUCUGAAUUUCCGGGAUUUUGACCGCGGAGGUGCUUCCUUAGAUCCUUGCCAGAGCUGCUGGACCUCAUGGGAGGUUGCCUGCGGAUCGUUUGGACAUCCUGGGGCACAUCCCACGGAAAACCUGGAGGCAGAAUUCCUUUCUCACAUUGAAGCAGUUCCAUCUUUUCCACUGCGGCAGGGAGAAGGAAAUUAAAUCCCACGCUCUAGAUUUGCACGUGGAUCCACGAGGAGCUGGAAAUGAUCAUUUAAGAGACUGGGAAUCCCGUGCUCUCUCUCUCUCUCCCCCUCUCUCUCUCAUUGGUCUUUUCUGCAGUUUGGGAAAUUCCCAGAAAAUGUGACGAAGAGCAGUUUUUGAGGAUGAGGGGAUUGAAAUUUUAUUCUUUAACCCAUCCCAGAGAGCUGGGACAAAACCGAACCUUUCCACACAUAGGGAAAAAUCGCGGCAAGCGCACGAAUCCUCGGCAUUUACGGACAAAAACCAGGCUUCAGAGGAAAUUUCAACCACGGAGUCGCGGAACUACUAAGGAUGGAAAAGACCUUUCAGGCCACCGAAUCCAGCACCACGCCCGUUUUCCUUAAACCGCGUCCACAGGUUUCCCCGACGCUCCCGGGAAUGGCGAUUCUCCACUCGGUGGAAUGGAGAUUCCACUCUUCCCGUGAAGGAAUCGCUCCCAAUAUCCAGCCUAAUCCCGGCCCUGGUGCGCCUCGAGGCCGUUUCAGUGUGGAUUGGGAGGGAAUCCCUGCUCCGUGAGCAGACUGAUCCGGGACGCUUUCGGGUUUCACGGAUUUUUGGCAACGCCAGGCACAGGUGGGAGCAUCCAAACCAUUGGUUUGACAGCUCAGUGCGGCUCCCUCUCCCACACUUUGGGGUUUUUUCCUGGUUUUCCUGGGUGCUCGGAAGGAUGAGCUCAUCCCAGCCAACACAAAGGCCUAAAAUCCGAUAAAUCCGAGCUGCCGCCUCCCGAAAAAAUCGGCCAGGAGGAACUCACAGACCGGGAAUUGUCUCCCGUAUCUUCAGAUCUGUUAAUUAUGCAGGGGAAGAGAACGAUGGAUUUUGAUUAAGGAAGUGAAAUGCCAAGAAUUUAAAGUGAGGUGGAGCAAACCCGAAACAUUCACCAGCAUCAUUCCCUGGAAUUCCAAACCUCUCCUCUCCAGCCCUUUUUUUUUUUGUGUAUAAACCAAGUUAAACGAAUCGCUCCAUGGGGGCUUCCUUGGCUUCCUAAAUCCGAGCUUUUUUUCUUUUUUUUAGUUUCCAUUAGGCAGCACUUGAGGGUUAGAUCCGCGUUCCAAGCACGGAAAUGACGCCAGUGGUUUAUCUUUUCCCAUCAGUAUUCCCUGGAAUUGUACAAUUCCCAGGAUCUGAGAGGCCUUGGCGGUGGCACUUGGACAGGCUCUGUGCCUUUGCUGCGUCUUAAACGCUCACUGCACAUUUUAAAGCUUAAACCUCCUCUGGUUUAUAAUUUCUUUUUUUAUUCUUUGUAUUUAAGAUGCUGUGAAAUAAUAAACAGAAACAUCCAGGAACGUGUCGAGCCAAGUCAGUUAUCCUUGGAAUACCGGCAGACCCACGGAAACCCGAUUAAUCAGAACAAAAUCAGAUGCACGCACACUGCCUGUAAACAUAUUUCGCAUCAUUCCCGAGGUCACGAAAUGGGAAUUUGAAACGGAGAGGGAGAAUAAAAUAUUUCCAUCAGCUGCCUGGGGGUAAAACACCUCUGCCCUGCCUGCCUGGGGCUUCAGAUGGUCCCUGCCCCACUUCUGACGGAGUUCCCAGAUAAGAAACUGCCAAACUGCGCGUUUCCCUGCCCCGCUCGGCUUUUCCAGCUCCUGCCCGACUGGAAUCAGGAUUAAAGGCACCUCUGGAAGCCCAGAGGCCACUGAAUCAGCAGCAGCUGAAUUCCGGCGGCAGAGAUCAGAACGCCAGCCCUGGGCUACAGCCCCGCUCAGAUGUGGGCAACAAACCCAAACACGCCGGGCUCCCUCCGACUCCGGCUCUGCUUUCCCAAAACUCCACCUGCGCUUCCCCGGUGUUCCUCGCCUCCUGGGGGAACGGCAGAGUUUGGUACUCGGGAGCCAGA